ACGACGAUGACGGCCUCGCCAUUCCCGACGGUGCACAAGUGCUCGUCGGUGGACCGGAGCGACGACACGGUGGUGGCCGACCUGGACGGGACGCUGCUGUGCGGCCGGAGCUCGUUCCCGUACUUCGCGCACAUGGCGUUCGAGACCGGCGGCCUGCUCCGGCUGCUGCUGCUCAUCGUGCUGGCGCCGCUCGCGGGCCUGCUCUACUACCUCGUGUCCGAGUCCGCCGGCAUCCAGGUGCUCAUCUUCGCCUCCAUGGCCGGCGCCGAGGUGGCCGAGAUCGAGGCCGUGGCGCGCGCCGUGCUGCCCAAGUUCUACUGCUCCGACCUCCACCCGGAGUCAUGGCGCGUGUUCUCGUCGUGCGGGCGCCGGUACGUGCUCACCGCGAACCCGAGGAUCAUGGUGGAGGCCUUCCUCAAGGAGUACGCCGGCGCCGACGCGGUGCUCGGCACGGAGCUCGUGGUGUGGCGCGGCAGGGCGACGGGGCUCGUCGCCUCCCCCGGCGUGCUCGUCGGCGAGAAGAAGGCGGAGGCGCUCCGGCGGGCGUUCGGCGAGGUCAGGCCGGAGAUCGGUCUCGGCGACAGGAAGACGGACUACCCGUUCAUGCGGCUGUGCAAGGAGGGGUACGUGGUGCCGGCCCCGGCGCCGGGGCUCAGGCCCGUGCCGCGGGAGGACCUGCCGAAGCCAGUGAUCUUCCACGACGGCCGCAUCGUCCAGAAGCCGUCGCCGGCGCUCGCGCUGCUCACCGUGCUCUGGAUGCCAGUCGGCUUCCUGCUCGCCUGCCUCCGCAUCGCCGCGGGCGCGCUCCUGCCGAUGCGCGUGGUGUACCACGCCUUCACCGCCCUCGGCGUGCGCGUCACCAUCAAGGGCACCCCGCCCCCGCCGGCCAGCCUCGAGACGGGCCAGACCGGUGUGCUCUUCAUCUGCUCCCACCGCAGCCUCCUCGACCCAAUCUUCCUAUCCACCGCACUCGGCCGCCCCAUCACCGCCGUCACCUACUCCGUAUCAAGGCUGUCCGAGAUCCUGUCGCCGAUCCGCACCGUGCGGCUGACCCGCGACCGCGCGGCGGACGCGGCCAUGAUCCGGCGCCUGCUCAAGGAGGGCGACCUGGUGAUCUGCCCCGAGGGCACGACGUGCCGGGAGCCCUUCCUGCUGCGGUUCUCGGCGCUGUUCGCGGAGCUCACCGACGAGAUCGUGCCGGUGGCGAUGGAGAACCAGAUGAGCAUGUUCCACGGCACGACGGCGCGCGGGUGGAAGGGGCUGGACCCAUUCUACUUCUUCAUGAACCCGAGCCCGGGAUACGUGGUCACCUUCCUCAACAAGCUUCCCCAUGAGCUCACCUGCAAGGGCGGCAAGACCAGCCACGAGGUGGCCAACUACAUCCAGAGGCUCAUCGCCUCCACGCUCUCCUACGAGUGCACCAGCUUCACCAGGAAGGACAAGUACAAGGCGCUCGCCGGCAACGAUGGCUCUGUCGUCUCCAAGCCCAACAUCGACAAGAAGAAGGUCAUGGGUUCAUGA